AUGGCGCCGGGAAAGAGUCGGCAGAAAGACGGCAAGGCUGGGGAUGUGGCAGCGAAAGAUGAAGCUGCCCUCGCGUUGAGAAAGGACGGCUCGAUCGAGAUCCGCGUGCACGCGAAGCCGGGCGCUAAAGUGAGCAAAGUGACUGAUGUGGGCGCCGAGCAGAUAGGCGUGUCGAUCGCCGCCCCACCACGCGACGGCGAGGCCAACGAGGAGCUGAUCCGCCAUCUUCGACAAGUGCUCGGCGUCGCGAAGAGCGAGAUUAACUUUGAUAAGGGCGCCAAGUCUCGAUCGAAGGUGAUCGUCGUCUCCUCAAAGCAGCAGCUCACCAUCGAGCAAAGCCACAUCCCGCCCGCAUUGCCGAUGCUUUUGCUCUCGCUAUUGGCCGUGUAUUUUCAGACGAUCCCCUCGUCCACAGCUGUAGAUGAUCAAGGAUGUUCGGGGUGUUCGGCGUAUCAAUGUAUCGAGAAAGAGGCUUCCUGUGGCCCCCGCGGCUACCCGAUCGGCUUCGGCUGGCGGAAUUGCCGUGUUUUUGAGGACCCCGUAAUCCGCUCGCGAUUCACGCCGGCUGGCGUCGAAUGGGCCAAUUGUACGGCAAAAUGUCUGAUCGACGCCCUGCAACAAUUCAUUACGGCAGAACCGGGAGCGACGUGUGAUCGUAUCUCAUCGCGUGCGUAUUCUUCUCAUGUUGGCUGCUAUAUCCAAUGUGGUUUCUGUUCAAUAUGUGCUGAUAAUAAAUGGGCACUCGCCAGGGCAUAUAAUUAUGGUGAUUUCUUCUCAUUCCGUGCCCUCCAACAGAUCUGGUCCAUCGCAAAGGAAUGUGGCCCUUUUGCCUGUUUUUGUAAGGGA